AUGGGAGAUACUGCAAAGCCUUACGUUACCAAACAAAGUAAGGAACCGGAGAUAAUAUCUGAAGAAGAAUUCAAAGGAGGUCUCUCACGGAAAGACUACCAAGUAAUGGAUGAAUAUGGAAAUGGCCAUAGCAAUAAAAUAGAUAUCAGCCUGCAGAAGAAGAAGGGAUCACCAGGUCAUUAUGGAGGUAGUCCCAGACAAGGACCACGUACUGUUUUCAGAAGCCCAAAUUCUUUAAAAAAUAUAACUCCUAGUCAAGGGUCAAAGUUGAGUGAUACCCACAAAGACCAAAUAAAGAAGUGGAUAUCUGAUGACCACCGUGGUAAUUCUGAAAACUGGAGAGACUACAGAUCUGGAAUCUGGAUUCCCGUGCAUAACAGAACAAGAAAGGACUCUUUUCAUGAAGUUGAAGGUGCAGGAAGCAGAAAUGUAAGACGACAACUUCAGAAAGACUUAGCAGAUGAAGACAUGUCAGACAUGCAGAGAGGAAGCUCUGAAAUGAAGAAGCUCAGGAAAACAAGGAGAUCAAGAAGAAGUAGAAAAGAUGAGUAUGAUCAAGAUGAUGAAGUGGGUGGCCCAGUCAUAGAUGAAUCUGUGCUUUCAGCAAAAGAGCUUCUAGGUUUACAGCAAGCUGAAGAACGAUUGAAGCGAGACUUCAUUUAUAGACUGAAGAAGCAACCUCGAAGCUACCCAUCAGCAAAAUAUGCCUGCAAAUUAUGUGAUGUUUUGAUUGAAUCUGUGACUUUUGCUCAUAAGCAUAUUAAGGAGAAAAGACACAAAAAGAGCAUAAAGGAAAAGCAAGAGGAACAGCUAUUGAAUGCCCUGCCUCCUCCAACACCUUCACAGAUUAAAGCUAUUGAUGUUGCCAUUGAAAAUGUAGUACAGGAGUUCGGCUUAAGUAAUGCAGAUUUACAAGAAAGGCUCAAGAUUAGAACAGUAAUGGAAGACGUACUGCAUCAAAAAUUGCCAGAGUGCUCCUUAAGAUUGUAUGGAUCCUCCUUUAGCGGAUUUGGUUUCAAAACUUCAGACAUAAACAUAGACAUCCAGUUUCCUGCCAGCAUGAGUCAGCCAGAUGUUCUCUUACUUGUUCAAGAAAGUCUACAGAACAGUGAAUCUUUUAUUGGAGUUGAUGCAGAUUUCCAUACUAGAAUACCAGUGGUGGUAUGCAGAGAAAAGCAAAGUGGCCUUAUUUGUAAAGUAAGUGCAGGGAAUGAAAAUGCUUAUCUGACAACAAACCAUUUGGCCACCAUUGGAAAACUGGAGCCUACUGUUGCAUCUUUAGUGAUUGCCUUCAGGUACUGGGCAAAGCUGUGCUGUGUUGAUCAUCCUGAGGAAGGAGGUUUGUCGCCCUAUGUGUUUGCAUUAAUGGUUAUCUUCUUUCUGCAACAGAGGAAAGAGCCUUUUCUACCUGUAUAUUUGGGAUCAUGGAUUGAAGGUUUCUCAUUAAACAAAUUAACUAAUUUCCAUCUUAAAGAAGUUGAGAAUGAUGUUGUGGUUUGGGAACAUAACCCUGUUGACAAUGCUGAUUUGCCACAAGAAACUUCCCCUACAAGGGACAAGGUUCCCUUAGUAUUUGAUUCAGUACAGAAGUGUUCAGCACCUGUAGGACAACUUUGGGUAGAACUGCUUCGUUUCUAUGCCUUGGAGUUCAAUAUGGCUGAUUUGGUUAUUAGCAUACGACUGAAAGAAAUAGUGUCGCGUGAAUUGAAGGACUGGCCUAAAAAGCGCAUAGCUGUGGAAGACCCGUAUUCGGUCAAAAGGAAUGUUGCAAGAACUCUGAACAGCCAGCUAAUGUAUGAAUAUAUUCUUCAUUGCUUGAGAGCAACUUACAAGUAUUUUGCUUUACCUCACAAAAAACCUGUGAAAUUGAGAAAAACGUCCCUUCCAAAUGCCCACGAGGAGGACUUUCUAAAGCCGGACAGUGGAAGUGACACUGUAAAGCCUGACAAGUCUGAGUUGCAAAACGUCAGUGGUAUAAUUAACACAGCAGUAGUGGAAGGUUAUGUAAUUGAAACUACAGAUAUUCCUCAGGUACAUGGAACUUUUCCUUCAAAGGUGUGUGAUGGCUCAGAGAGCGUGACAGAAGAAGAACUUGUCGAUGAUACAAGUCAUUUGGGAAUUGCUCAAGAAGAUUCAGACUGCAUAGUUGAAGAGGUUAUUUCUGGAGAUAAUGAGGGCUUUAAACCAAGUUGUGAAGAGAUGGAGAGUGGAAAUGAGGAGGAGGAGGAAGAGGAAGAACAAGAGCAAGAAACAAGAUGGAAUAAUAUCUUGUCUACUGAUCAGGGAAUAGAUGAAGACAGUGAUGGUGGAGAUCUCCCUGUAACAAUGACAGAUCAAGAUAUAGAGACAUGCAGUACUUCAGACUUGGAAGGUUUUCAAAUAACAGCACUUGUAGAGAGUGAUGAGUUUGGCUUAGAGUGCACGGGUAUAAUGGAUAACAAGAUUGAUGCUGAUGAGGAGAGUACCGAAGGUACUGAUGAACUGGAUGAAUGCCCCCAGAAAUUCAUACAUUCAACAAAGAAUCAACUGGCUGAAGUUAUUAACUCAGAGGAGGAGGAAGAGGAGGAAGAAUUGAGUCUUCUAAACCAGGCAACAUGUGGUGGUAUCUUAACAACCAAAGGUGAACUAGACAAUACAUACCCUGGAUCUGGAGAUGAGAAUGCCCUAUCUGAGGAAGACGAUGAUUUGUCCAUCACCAAUAAAUAUGAAGAAAACCGUUUUGAAGACAACAUUCAUGGAUCUCUUAGGAUCAGUUUCAGUCAAGAGGAUCUUAUUGAGAAGGGAGAUCUUUGUGAAGAGAAUGCAGUGGUAGAAAAGUGUUUAGAAUCUGAACUCUUUUAUGAAUUUAGUAAACAAGCUUUUACAAGGGGCAAGUCUCCUACAGUAGUGUGUAGCUUGUGCAAACGGGAAGGUCACUUAAAACGAGAUUGUCCAGAAGACUUCAAGAAAAUUGAGCUGGACCCACUGCCACCUCUGACACCCAAGUUUUCAGUUAUUCUAGAUCAAGUUUGUGUCCAGUGUUACCAGGAUUUUGCUCCAAAUAUUGUAGAGGAUCAGGCUCGGGAACAUAUAAGACAAAACCUGGAAAACUUCAUUAGACUGGAAUUCCCAGGAACAAAGCUGAAUUUGUUUGGCUCCUCAAAAAACGGCUUUGGUUUCAAACAAAGUGAUCUUGAUAUCUGUAUGACGAUGGAUGGGUUGGAAACUGCUGAGGGACUUGAUUGCAUCAAAAUUAUUGAAGAUUUAGCAAAAGUUCUCAAGAAACAGUCAGGUCUACGAAAUGUCUUGCCUAUAACAACUGCUAAAGUCCCAAUUGUCAAAUUUUUCCAUGUCAGAAGUGGUCUUGAAGUAGACAUCAGUUUAUAUAACACUCUGGCCUUGCAUAAUACAAGACUUCUUUCAUCAUAUGCAGCCAUUGAUCCUCGAGUGAAAUAUCUGUGCUAUACGAUGAAAGUUUUUACAAAGAUGUGCGACAUUGGAGAUGCAUCUCGUGGUAGCCUUUCUUCUUAUGCAUAUACUCUUAUGGUGCUUUAUUUUCUUCAACAGAGAAAUCCGCCUGUCAUCCCUGUUCUUCAAGAGAUCUACAAAGAACCAAAAAAACCUGAAAUUUUAGUUGAUGGUUGGAACGUUUAUUUCUUUGAUAAGAUAGAAGAAUUGCCAGUUGUUUGGCCUGACUUUGGCAAAAACACUGAAUCUGUAGGGCAACUGUGGCUGGGACUUCUUCGUUUUUACACAGAAGAAUUUGAUUUUAAAGAGCAUGUCAUCUGCAUUAGGAGAAAGAGCCUGCUUACAACUUUCAAGAAGCAGUGGACCUCCAAAUACAUUGUUAUUGAGGACCCCUUCGAUUUGAACCACAAUCUUGGAGCUGGAUUAUCAAGAAAAAUGACAAACUUUAUAAUGAAAGCUUUUAUAAACGGCAGAAAAGUAUUUGGUACUCCUGUAAAAAUAUUUCCUAAAGAAUAUCCAUCAAAAAUGGAGUACUUCUUUGAUCCAGAGGUAUUGACAGAAGGAGAAUUGGCACCAAAUGACAGAUGCUGCAGAAUUUGUGGUAAAAUUGGCCAUUUCAUGAAAGAUUGUCCCAUGAGAAGAAAACUGAGACGACGACGUGAUUAUGAGGAUAGCAAAAACCAGAGGUACACAGAAAACAAAGAGAAAAGCAAAGAGAACAAAGAGAAAAGCAAAGAGGACAAAGAAAUUCAGAACAGAACAACAGAAAAAGAAAGCUCUGUCAAGGAGGGGAAAUUGCAUCUGUUUACACCUCAGAAGAGCAAAGUAGCAAGGGGAAUAGUGGAAACUGGAAAAGAAAGGUCUCCCAGGCAAUCAGCAGAGAAGUGGAAGCGACUAGAAGACAGAGAGUUAAAAGAAAAACGUUGUUUUAUCUGUGGAAGAGAAGGUCACAUUAAAAAGGAAUGCCCACAGUAUAAAGUAACUGCAGGAGGUUCAAAACCAGAAAUGUUGUGUGGAUCCCCUUUACCUCCAGCUGCCAAACAUGCUGGUCGAUUAAAUCAGGGAAUGGUUACACAUGAAGAAAAAAAGAAGCAAAAAGGAAAAGUACUUUUGAGUCCCCAGACAGGAACGACAUGUGGAGCACUUUCUUGUGAGGCUUCCUCAGAAUAAUCGUCUAGAAUUCCACAUGAUCAGCUAACUUAAGAGAGACUAUGAAAGCACAUCCUUUCAGCUGCCAAAAUGCGAGAGAGUUAAAAUUACACUUACAAGUAGCAGACAGAUGAUGACAUAAAGGCCUUUGUAUACGCUCUCUGGAUCAGAGACAUUUUGUGCACUGUGUUACAUGCAUGGUUGCCACUGCAGCUUCCUUACAGAAAUUUCACACAUUUAACUUGUUAACUGUCACAAUGAAGAUUUUUCAAAGAACGGGGUUUUUUUUGUUUUUUUGUUUUUAAUUACUUUGAGUUUUAUGUGCAACUGUAAACCAUUUAGCAGCAUGGGUUUUUCCAUGGAGUACAUAGAUCUCUUCUGGGGCAUCUGAAGGGAGAUUUGAGAAGUCUUUGCAAACUGCUAUUAAAUAUCUCUUUAGGUUUUCAGUUCUAUGUGGGGUGGGGAAAAAAGUCAUUGAAAGACUUCUUUGAAGCUAAGUUGGGGGAAUUAAAACACAAAUCAGUUUGUCCCCAGGCAUUUACUUGGAAAAAAAAGUAAUCUUUUUUGUAUUAUAAUAUUUACUACUGUCCUCUAGCAGCUGAUAUUAUAAAGUUGAUCUGUGUGUGCAUUUGUUGUAGUUCGACUUAACAGUAGUUUCUUCUUGAUUGUUUUAG